AUGUCCGAGCUGUUGGACGAGUUCCUUGCGUCCCUGGAAAGCUUCGGCAACUCGGAGGUGCUCGGGGCGGACGAGCUCGCUUUCCUGGAGCGCGCCGUGGAGCUGAUGAUCGACCUGCUGGAUCAGCUGCCCACCAGGCGCUUCUUCCGUCCGCUCCUCGCCGACAAGCACUUCGUGGUCCGCUGCAAACGCUCGAAGGUGGCGCAGAUGCCGGAGGCCAGGCUGUUCAACCAGCUGCUGGGCAUAACGCGGUACUACGAGAACUUCGAGAUCGACGACACCACCGGCAAGCCGCUGACCAGACGGGAGGUCACGGACCUGCACUACGAGCGCCUGCAGCUGCUCCAGAGGGUCUGCUUCCAGGAUUUCCCAGACGCGGAGGCGAUGCGCCAGCUCUCCAUGGCAAACAUCUCGGCGCUGGACACGCGGGAGGCCCUCGUGCAGCACAUGAGCCCCCUGCCGCUCGACGUGCUCCGAGUCCUCUGCGCGAAGGUCUGCUACCUCGACAUCUCGAAGGACCCCACCCUGGCGGCGAUGGAGGUGGCCAUGAG